UUUGCGGCGGAGCACUCGGAGAUUCCCGAAGAGGCCCGAAGCUUCCACCUGCGGCGAUGGCCACCGUGCACCCCGCCUCCUCGGAGCCCGCGCCGCCUCCCAAGGAGGGGGAGGAGCCGGAGCAGCAGCCGCGCGCUGGCGGCACAGACCCGCCUGGCCCCGGGGCGGGCGAGGAGAUCGCGGCGCUCGAUGAGCAGCAGGCCGUCGCGGAUGGGGGAGGGGAUGAGGGUAGGGCGGCGGCGGGUGGUGGUGGUGGUGGGAAGCUGGUGGCGGAGGCCAUGCGCAAGUACGCCGCGCCGCGGUCGUCGCGGUACCACGGCGUCACCAGGUUGAAGUGGAGCGGCAAAUACGAGGCUCACCUCUGGGACAACACCAGCCAGGUCGAGGGCCGCAAGCGCAAGGGGAAGCAUGUGUACUUAGGAAGCUAUGUUACUGAAGAGAAUGCUGCAAGGGCGCAUGACCUUGCAGCCCUUAAAUACUGGGGUGCAGGGCUAAAUACCAAACUUAACUUCAAUAUUUCUGAUUAUGAGAAAGAAAUUGAGCUUAUGAAGACAAUGACUCAAGAUGAAUUUGUGGUGUACAUAAGAAGGCAGAGCAGCUGUUUCUCAAGAGGAACUUCAUCAUAUAGGGGUGUAACAAGGCGAAAGGAUGGUAGAUGGCAAGCACGGAUUGGUAGAAUUGGAGAAAGUAGAGACACCAAAGACAUCUAUCUUGGCACCUUUGAAACGGAGAUAGAGGCAGCUGAAGCUUAUGACCUAGCUGCGAUUGAACUUCGUGGUGUCCAUGCUGUGACCAACUUUGAUAUUAGUAACUACUGUGAAGACGGUUUGAAAAAACUAGAAGGCUCAUCAGAGGUUCCGAAGCUAGAGGGUCCAUCAGAGGUUGCGAAGCUUGCUGGACAAUAGAUAAAAGAAUACAACUUGUAAAUUGUUUUUCCUUUCAUUUUUCCUUUUUACACCAAUUUGGCUCUUUCAGUUUUCCCGCGCGCCUGUGUGCUUUUCUAUAGAUUCCAUGUAACGUGCUGUUAUGCCGGUGUCUACCUGACUGCAGAGAUAGGAACAUGUGAUGUUAGGAAUGUUCAGUUGAUAAUGUGCCAUAAUGUAGCUAGGCUUGUUACCUUCGUGUGUUUUGCAAUAGGUUUAUUGCCAGAACCAAGACACGGCAGUCUUUCCUAGCACAUUCCACAGUGGCUAGCUGGUGCUGCGUUAUGUCCGUUGUUUGUGAUGCUUUAUUGGAUGUAGGAAUUUAAUGGUAAUUUUCUAGGAAUUUUAGAGGGGAUAGUUCAAUUUUCAUACGAACUCUUGUUAAUCUGAUUGGUCUGAAGUCCACAGCUUACGAUGUU